AGAUUAUUUCUUAAUUUAAAUUAAUCUUAAUGGAAUUUCUGAGUUAAGUUUUUUAUUCAGUUUUUAGUAUUUAGUGAAAAAGCAUAGUUUUUAACAUUUAAUUAGAUACAUAUUUUAACUUAUCCAAUUCUGGCAUUCUGUAACGACAGCUUUAUAAAAUCGGUCGCAUCGUUACAGCAUUACGGUUUUUUUCCUCAUUCGCGCGCGAUUCUUCCCUUCGAUCGAAAAGAUAAUGUUUUCGCGUGGAGAUUUACCAAUACGUGACUCGAAUGAGAGGUAAAGAUGUCACCAAUCGAAAUAAAAAUCGAAACGUCUGACGUCUCAUUGGCUCGAAAAAAAAAAGGAUGCUCUUCUCCACGAGUACAACCUUCUUCUUUUCUUUAUCUUACGCUGCAUCGUUGCCACGGCGGACAUCGUAACGACACCGUAGGCAACGUAGGCGAUUCGAGGAUUCUAAGUAGAACGUUGGAUCGUAUCAUAAGUAUGUGCAUUCGAUUAGUAAGGAAAAAAAAAUAGAGGAACGCCACUUUCGUGUACUCGUUUAUUGUUAAACGAGAUAGUCCGCAUGUAAAAGUGCAGAUAUUCGCGACUGAUAGGCCGCGUUUAUCAUAUAUUAAUUUGUACUUUCGUGCGACGUUUAUUUGUUGCCUUUUCCCCACAUCAAUAGAAAAGUGCCACCCGGGGAAUAAUCGGAUAACGCUAAACGGCUGGCUCGGUGAGGGUCAUUAUUGUGGCGAAAGCAGGUGUAUCACGAGAGACGACGGUCUACUAGAUCUCGCCUUAUUAUCUGAAAUUGACACCUGACAUUUCGAAUAAAAAUUGCGGGAACUAUGAUUUCUUUAUUCGAGUUUUAUCCGCACAUAAAAUGUAUAUAUCUCGCACGAUAGCGACUCUCUUACUCGCAAUAAGCGUUAUUCGAUUAUUCCCGGAGUGGGACAUUCAGAUUUACUUCGAAAAGUCUGUCGUUAAAAUCAGGUCUGAUUUCGUUCUUCGUCGCGAAGAAUAAAAAAACGUAGUUUGAAGUCGCGAUCGCCUCGCGGUCAUUUAUGCCACGGUCAUUUUGCGAUUCGGUCUUGUUAGUGCAACAAUGUUGGAACAACAAUAUAUACAUUUAUCUAGAAGAUCAUAAACGCGCGCACGCACACGAGCACAGGGGUGAACAUCGCAUCGCCGAAGUUGGAAGGAUGCUCGUUUACACCUCAGUCAACCGUCGGCCUUCUUGGGGGAUAGUUUGGAGGAGUCUCGUGACAUAAUUAGAGGGGAGCGACAAAACUCGCGAUAAGCAUUUCGUCCCCUGAUAAAGAAUUAUUGCGUGAUAAAUAAUAAAUGAUUAGGGCGGAAUUAACGAUAAUCGGAGAAGUUAUUUUAAUUAUUAAUCUUUUAUAGAAUAAACCCGAAACUUUUCAACUAAAGGCUUGAUAGAAGAUUGUCGACCCGCGUAGAAAGUAAAGGGGGAAAAAAAACGUGAAUAAGAGCGACUACCAUUCUUUCUUUUUUAAAAUUUACUGAACGAAGCGAUUUAAUAGGGUGAUCCGCGCUGAGAGAUAAAAUCAUCGAAUGAAUAGAGUCGCAAUGAAUCGAGAGAGAGAAUGACCGUGAAAUGGAGAAUUCUUCGGAGCAAGAGAAGAAGAAGCCGAUCUUCAACCCGUGGAACGAUGCGCGAAUUUUAACGCACAUCACCUCGAACGCCGACCGAACGCCUGAUUUCGUUCAUACAAGGAUGUACAACAUGCCCGGGAUGACGUCGCGAACCUUCAACCGUAAUCCCGCGGAUGUCGGGGGUGAGAAUUACUACAACGGCGCCGACAGAGCAACGUUUGAUUAUUUAAAGGCCGGCAACACUCUCCCGUCUUACACCGUCAACACCGUGCACUUGCAAAAUCCUUACAGGCCGCCCCAACGACUGGAGGGAUUCGCACCUCGCGAACACACGAGGGAUAUGUAUCAGUCGCAAGAUUUCACCUUGAGAUCAAGAUACAAGAAUUUAUUCGAAAAAAAGGAAUCAACCAUGAAUAAAAUCAAUGAUCAAGAGAACGAGAAAACUGAAAGAUCAAAGACUGGGAAGAAGCAUCCGAGAUGUACAGACAUCGGUGAGCUGGCUAGGCAGUAUUGCUCAUACAGCACUCUUCAUGGUUUGCGUUAUGUUGGUGAUUCGGGAUUGUCAAUCAUAGAAAGAAUAUUUUGGAUAAUAUCGUUCGCCACCGCGCUAACAGUGGCGAUAUAUUAUAUUUGUUAUCUUUAUCAGAAAUGGAACGGAGCUCCCAUCAUUAUUUCUUUGAGUCCCGAUCCAGUUGCCCUCAACGAAAUUCCGUUUCCUUCCAUAACAAUAUGUAACAUGAAUAGAGUCAAAAGAACGGAAGCAAAUCGGAUCGAGCGUGGGUCCGACACCUUAGAAAAACUAUUUGUGGAAGAUGUUUGCAAUUCAGAUAGCAACGUAACUUUCGAAAACGAGAAUCAGACUAUAGGAUGGAAGAGAAUACAGCAGUUUUUAAUCAAUGUUUCCCAGCCAUGCACAGACAUGUUACACUACUGCCUCUGGCACGGAAAUCAGACUGAUUGCGAGAGGAUUUUUAAUCCCACUAUGACCGACGAGGGUAUUUGUUGUAAUUUCAACUCGGUAUCCAAGGACCGUCUUUUCUAUAAUGCGCUCGAGUGGCCCGAUUUCAAUAUAACGUACCCAUCUCAGAGUAUUGACUGGAAUGCCGAAAAGGGAUACGAUUCGAGUAUGCCGACGGACGUUAUACCGUGGAGACCAUACGGUGCUGGACUGUAUUACGGCUUGACUUUGGCUCUUGAUGUUGAGAUGAAUGAAUAUUAUUGCUCGUCGACCGCCGGCGCGGGCUUUAAAAUGUUGCUCCAUAAUCCUGUAGAGACACCAAAAAUCGCUGAUUUCGCGUUCUCGAUUACGCCGGGCGAGGAAACGCGGGUGAUAAUAAGACCGCGGAUAUCGUCUGCCAGUCCGUCGAUAAUCCACAUACCGAAAAACAAGCGAAAGUGCUUCUUCACCACCGAAAGAAAACUGCGCUAUUACCGGACGUAUACGCAGAGGAACUGCGUUCUGGAAUGCGAGGCAAAUUUUACGCAGCAGCUCUGCCACUGCGUGCAGCCUUACAUGCCAAAAUCGAAUAACACGCCAAUCUGCGGCAAGAAAGACGAGCAAUGCGCUAAUCGUGCCAGAAAAAGCAUGGAACUCAAACUCUACGACGAGGAAGUGGCAAAUCCACUCAACAUUACGGAGAUACCACGUUGCAAUUGCUGGCCAGGCUGCUUCGAGAUCAGUUACAGCAUAGAGCUCUCGCAGAACAAAUUGGCGUCGUCCUUUCAAAUCGACAAAAAAUUCGUGAAGAGGAACGUAACUUACUUCACGGAAAACAUGGCGGUGGUCCAUCUGUUCUUUGUGGACUCCCAAUUCACGAAAUAUGUGAAAAACGAACUCUUUGGAUUCAUUGAAUUUCUGUCAAGUACGGGAGGCUUGCUGGGUCUCUUUAUGGGUUUCAGUUUUCUGUCGUUCAUGGAAAUACUAUACUUCUCGACUAUGCGGUUGUGGUGCCGCUUGUACAAUCGCCGGGAACUGCCGAGACCCACCGUGAUCCCAACGCAUCCCUUAGAUGACAACAAGAAGGCAAUCUAUCCGUUCAUGAAUUAAAUUAGACGCCGCAUAAAUAGCGACCUAGCCAGCGAAGUGUUUCAUCAGAGCGUAUACCGAAUGUGCAUUACUUUUAACAUUUAGGCCCGUUUCUACCAAACAUGGAUUAACUUUAAUCUCGGUUUAACAAUUGUUAUCUUAUUCUAGUUCCAAAAAUUAGAAAAAAAUAAAAAAUAAGUUAAACCGAGCUUAAAAUUAAUCUCCGUUGGUAGACACGAGCCUUAAUCCACGAGAUGUUGCGAUACAGUUUUCGAAUUUGUUGAUACUAUUAAUAACUGAUAUAUAUUUCUUUUCUAAAAUAGCGAUCUGUUAGUGUUUUUCCUUAAAACAAAAAGUAAAUAAUUACGUAAUGUGAAAUAUAUAUAACGUAAUAAGUUGAACGUAAAUAAGUUGAUGUUGAGUUUUUAAAUAAAAGAAAAUAAAAAAUUGACAGUUAGGAAGAUUCGGGAAAAUACGAUCCCUGGAGGGGGAAAAAGGAGUCGUGGUACGGAUCUGAACGGCUCGAGAGAGUCGACCGUUAGAACCCGAGACGUGUUCGAAGAAUAAACAUUGUACAACAAUCGUUGAAAUAAACUCGCACCGAUUUUCGAUUCCGAA